UUGGGACAGCUGUACCCAGCACAUCAGCUGGGCUUUGCUCCACAGCCAGCACCAUGAGAGAUCAAAUAGACCUGCUGGCCACAGUCACAGUUCUGGGGGUCCUGGAGCAAGCCUAUUUUGCCAUGCAGGUGAUCUACGCCCGUCGGAAGUACAAGGUUUCCCCUCCCGAAACCACAGGGCACCCUGAAUUUGAGCGGACCUUCAGAGCUCAGGCAAACUGCUCAGAGUACUUCCCAAUCUUCAUUUCCCUCCUCUGGGUUGCUGGAAUCUUCUUCCAUCAAGGUGUGACUGCAGUGUGUGGGCUGCUCUACCUCUACACCCGCCUCAGGUACUUCCAGGGCUACGCCGGGGCUGCACGGGGACGGUUGGGACCACUGUAUGCCAGUGCCUGGCUGCUCUGGGCGCUGCUGGGGCUGGCACUGGCUGGGCUCCUGGCACACUUCCUGAGGCCCAGCUCCUCCACGUGGAUGGCAGCACUGGUGUGGCCUCUCCAGCUCUGUGGGGCCUGGUGAGAGGGGCCACAGCUCCCCCAAACCCACUGUUUGCCCCCAGCACAGGGGAACCACUCAUGUGGCACCAUCUGAGGGAGAGUAUUUCCCUGGCUCUGCAAUCCCUGCAGAAGGGAGAUGGAAGCUGGCACUCCUCUGCUCUUCAGAGAUAAUUUCCCUUCUAGAAAGCAAACGCUUUCCAGCCCCUGCCCCUGCUGAGGAGCUUCACUGCUGGGCUUUGUAGCACUGUCUGCUCUAAAAUGCCUCUGGCUCUGCCUCAUGGAGCACAGAUUGACCCACAUGCUGUCGUCUCUCCUCCUUACUGCUGUAAUGAUCUGUGCUGAAGAAUCACACCAUGGAUAUAAAAAAUAAAUUCUUCUUCUCACUAGAAAUCACCUGUGAUUGUCAAAGGCACUCAGAGACUGGUGUGAGAACAUCUGAGUUGGGGACUGGGUUUCAUAGGAAAAGCUGCUGUGAUUAAAUGAAAAUUAUGGGUAAGCUUGCCUAAAACCACAUCCAAAUAUUGGGAAAAAAGCCUGACCCUAGCCCAGUACUAAAGUCUGUUUGGCAUUGAUUAAAUGACCUUUACUUUACCCCAGCUUCACUUAUCACCAACUCUGCAAAAGGACUUUGCCCUCCCUAGACUCCACCCUCC